AUCAAAACCCAAAACUAAACAAUAUUUCAACAAAAAAAGAGAGGCCCUGCUUUUAACUUGGCACUCGGAUGCCUUGGAGCUCCUACCAAGGCCUCUCAAAAUAUUGAAUUGUUUUGGAAGUAGAUUUUGGGUUGUUGUUUCCAUGGAAACUUUUGCAAGAACAUCUGCUGCCGCUCUUGUGGCAUGGUUGGCUCUUUUUCAAGGGUAUCUAAUCGCUGUUAAUGGUCAUAAUUUUAGCUACAAGGAAGCCCUCACCAAGUCCCUCCUUUUCUUGGAAGCACAGAGAUCAGGGAAACUCCCUCCUAAUAAUAGAAUACCCUGGAGAGGAGAUUCUGCUCUUGAUGAUGGAAAAGAAGAAAAUGUGGACCUUGUCGGAGGAUAUUACGAUGCAGGAGACAAUGUGAAGUAUGGAAUGCCCAUGGCCUUCACAAUUACCACCCUGGCAUGGUCUGCUAUUGCUUACAGAUCCGAGCUGCAAUCUUCUGGCGAGUUAGGAAAUGUUCAUGCGGCUAUUCGUUGGGGCACUGAUUAUUUUCUAAAAGCCUCUUCUAGACGUAACAGAUUGUACGUUCAGGUUGGUGACCCUGUAAAAGACCAUGAAUGUUGGGUAAGACCAGAGAAUAUGAAGACACCAAGAACUGUCCUGAAAAUUGAUGAGAGCACCCCGGGAACAGAGAUUGCAGCGGAAACUUCGGCCGCAAUGGCUGCUGCUUCCAUUGUCUUUAGACACAUUGAUCGUCCCUAUUCACGUCACCUUCUUAACAAAGCCAAACUGCUUUUCCAAUUUGCCAAAGCGCACAAGGGAACUUACGAUGGAGAAUGCCCCUUCUAUUGCUCUUACUCUGGCUAUAAUGAUGAGCUGUUGUGGGCUGCAGCAUGGCUAUACACAGCCACCCAUAAGCCUGCAUAUAUGGUAUACAUCACAGAAGAAGCAGUUAGUGCAGUUGUCGAUGAGUUUAACUGGGACCUCAAAUACGCUGGAAUUCAAGUCCUCCUUUCUCAGUCUUUCUUUCAAGGUGACCAGGCUUUGAAAUCCUACAAGGACCAAGCUGACAGUUAUAUUUGCUCAGUGCUUCCUGAAAGUCCUUAUCACAAAAUUCCCAUGACUCCAGGUGGUCUGAUUCACUUGAGAGAUGGAGCCAACCUUCAGUAUGUUACUGGAGCUUCUCUCCUGUUCACCAUCUAUGGUGAUUUGCUUCGAGAAUACAACCAAAAGGUCCAAUGUGGAGACAAACAGUUUGACUCCACCCACCUCUUGGCUUUUGCUAAGCAGCAGAUGGACUACAUACUAGGGCAAAACCCACUACGAAGAUCAUACAUGGUUGGGUUUGGGAACAAUCCACCAAAACAAGCGCACCACCGGGGUGCCUCAGUCCCAUCAUCGGAUGCUAAGUUGGACGUGGGCUGCCCCAUGAGCUUCGUUCGUUGGUACAACAAAAAUGUACCAAACUCUAAUGAGUUAACCGGCGCUAUUCUUGGUGGACCUGACAAGCAAGAUCAUUUCAGUGAUCUACGUUGGACAUCCGUCUACACUGAGCCAUGCACUUACGUCAACUCUCAAGCUGUCGCUGCCUUGGCAAGGCUUGCUUGCCCUGUUAAGCCAUAA